GGGCAGGGGGCAGGGCGCCCCGCCCACCCGCGCCCGUCCCCACGGGCGGCACUCCCUUCUGCUGCUAUAAGGGCCGCGCUCGGCUCUCUUCCCAGACCUCGUGCCCAGUCCAGGCAGCAGAGCAGCGGGCACCCUGCUGAGCGGCGUCUUGUCCCCGGGAACCGUGCUGGGUUUCCCAGCCUUCAUACCCCGCACCAGCUGUGGGACUCUGGACACUUAACCUCGCUGAACAUUACCCACCUCACCAUGGAGCAGCUGAGCGCGGCAAACACCCGCUUCGCCUUGGACCUGUUCCGCACUGUGAAUGAGAGCAAUCCUGCGGGGAACAUCUUCUUCUCCCCCUUCAGCAUUUCGUCAGCGCUGGCCAUGAUCUUUCUGGGGACUAGAGGCAAUACCUCGGAGCAGAUGUCCAAGGCUCUCUAUUUCAAGGAGGUUGAGGAGAUUCACUCAAGAUUUCAGAGUCUGAAUGCUGAUAUCAACAAAUGUGGGGCUGCUUACACCCUGAAAGUCGCUAACAGGCUCUUCGGAGAGAAAACCUACGACUUCCUCCCCGAGUUCUUAGCUUCAACUCAGAAAAUGUACGGCGCUGAGCUGGCCAGCGUGGAUUUUCAGCAGGCCUCCGAAGACGCGAGGAAGGCCAUAAAUGAGUGGGUCAAAGGGCAGACAGAGGGGAAGAUUCCAGAGCUGCUGGCUUCAGGUGUGGUGGACAGCAUGACUAAGCUUGUGCUGGUGAACGCCAUCUAUUUCAAAGGAAACUGGCAGGAGAAAUUCGCGACGGAGGCCACGCACGACGCCACGUUCCGGCUGAACAAGAAAGACACCAAGACAGUGAGGAUGAUGUACCAGAAGAAGAAGCUUCCCUUGGGCUACAUCAAGGACCUGAAGUGCCAGGUGCUGGAGCUGCCGUACCAGGGCAGGGACCUCAGCAUGGUCAUCCUGCUGCCCGACGACAUCGAGGACGAGUCCACGGGGCUGCGGAAGAUUGAGCAACAGCUGACUUUGGAAAAGCUGCGUAAGUGGACAAAAGCUGACCGUCUGGAGCACCUUGAGGUCAGCGUCCACCUGCCCCGGUUCAGGCUGGAGGAGAGCUAUGACCUGACCGCCCCGCUGGCCCGCCUGGGUGUGCAGGAUCUCUUCUGUAGCAAGGCUGAUCUGUCCGGCAUGUCGGGAACCAGAGAUCUCUUUGUAUCAAAAGUUGUCCACAAGUCCUUCGUGGAAGUAAAUGAGGAGGGCACAGAGGCGGCAGCCGCCACCGCGGGCGUUGUCGCCUACGCCAUGCUGAUGCCGGAGGAGAACUUCAUCGCCGACCAUCCUUUCAUUUUCUUCAUUCGGCACAACCCCUCCGGUAACAUCCUGUUCCUGGGCAGACUUGCUUCCCCAUAGACACUGUGGGCUACCGGUCGAGCUUCGCACUCAUUACCUGCUCUUUUAAUGAUGACCGCUUUUGUUACCUUCACCAUAAAAUACUAUCUGAAAAUGAAUCUUUAAUUUCCUUUGUAAGCACAGCCCUGGUGUCUGCUUAUAACUUGGCAAGGGUAUCUGUUCUUCUUUUUUAUACUAAAAAAAUCCAAUGACCGCUUUUGAUUGCAUCAAGUUAGAAGCAGAAAUCAGAAAUCAGGUGUAUAGGUUCUUGACGACGCAGCAAUGCACGAAGCUGCCGUACACUCCUGAGAGCCGUGGGGAACGCGGUCGCACUGUCAUGGCUUUUACGGUAGGCUUUGGAAGCCGUGAUAGACAUACACCUUGACUGUUGAAGGAUAUUCAGUUGAAAUAUAGGAGGGCAGCCCUACUAAGGGCCCUGGUCACGAAGACAGACUUGCCUUGGCCUUGGCAGUGUCUCGGACCCUGUGUAGCAUGACAGGAUUUGUGUGCUAUCAUGGCAGAGCCACCUGGCGAUGCCCUGCCCUCUCUUUUUUGUUCUCCUGUAUCCUUCCUCGUACGUGGUUGGUGUGGGGUCAUGAGGAGUCAAGCAGUGGGUGUCGUGAAAGAGACUAAGAAGUGACACAAAAAUGUCGUAGGAUAGACGGUUAAGCAAAGAGGGCGUGCAGCAAUCUCACUGUGAACCAGCUUCUCCCGUGGUUUCUGAUAAAGGCUCGUCGCUUCCAUCGUCUGGUACAGGGUUUUAUGGCAACGGGACUGCGCUACGCGAGCUGCGGUAGGAGAUGGGUGGGGGAGCUCUUUGAUUCGUGUAAACCUCUGUCAACGCACUCCUUGGAAUGAGGCUUGAAAUGCUGCAUUUUCUUGCUCCCACAAAGCUGGUGGGCUGGUUAAUAAAUUGUCCUAAGAUUCUGCAAACCAGA